CAAAUUCGAAAAAUUUCAAAUUCCAUCACUCUCUCUCUCUCUCUCUCUCCCCGAUCUCGAUCUAAAUCAAAACCUCUCGCUCAUGAGAGUUUAAUUUUUGUUUCCCCCCCAAAAAAAUCCCCAAUAAAUGUUUCAGUUUACGAAGUCGGCUACUAAUUUCUCCCCUUUAUCUGAAGGAACUGCUCGAAAUUAGGGUUUUGGAGAUGGAUCUCGAAUCGAUGAAGAGGAAGGAGCUCCAAGCCCUUUGCAAGGAGCAUGGGAUUCCUGCAAAUACCACGAAUUCUCAAAUGAUUGAGAGUCUCUCUUCGAUUUUACUGGUGAAGGGCAAGCUUAAAGGUUGCUUGAAGGGCUCUGGAGGGAGCAGUGGUGAGGAAUUAGGGUUUGUUCGAGGACGGGCGAAGAAAGUUACUUUUGUGCAUCAAGAUGAGGAGAAGGAUGAGGACGAGGAGUUUGUUGUGAAGGCAGUUGGGAAAUCUAAGAGGAAGUCAAUUGGGAGGAGGUCUAGUGUUGCGCCUGAACCCGCCAAAAGUGGGGGAGAGAUUAAGGAAGAUAGCAGUUUUGAGAGUUCACGGAAUGUUGUUGAAGUGCCGCGGAGAAGUACGAGGUCUCGUGGGUUGGCUGAGGCUGUGGUGUGGUCCCCUGUUAUUGAGAAGAAGCAGAAGAAGAAAGCAGCUGAUGGCGCAGAAGGUGUUCGAGAAAAUUCCAAGGUGGUUUCUGGAAAAGAAAAGAAUAAAGUUUCUGGUGGGGUUCCUUCGAUCAGAUCGUUGAGGAAUAGGGUUGUUGUGGCUGGAAGAGAUGAAGAGGUGGUGACUGGUCAGAAGCCGGGUAAGACCCAAAAGAGGAAAUUUAGCGAUAAGGGAGAAAAUGAGAACACAGCUGCUUCAAUGGUGGAAGAUGAGUCAGCAGGGAGGAAGAAUCUUCGUAAAAGGACUCGAGAUGAAGACACUGUUGAAGAUGAGCCUCCUCGUAGAAGGUCUACUCGUAGCCAUGCAACUUUGGAGGAAACAGUAGCUAUUGAGGACGUUGAUGUUGGCGGGGCCAAUAAGCGGAAAAAGGCAGUAGAAAAGGAGAUUGAAGACACAAACCUAGGAGGAAACAUAAGCGAUGCAGCUGUGGUUAAAAAGGCACAGAGCCGAGGAAGGCCUCGUGCUUCCAAGCAAGGAGACUCUGAAGGCGUGAAAUUUGAUGGUGAAGCUGUAGCUGGGCCGACAAGGAGAUCAACACGCAGUGCUUCAUCUGUAUCAGCUGUUGGGAAAUCCGAUAAAAAAGGUGAUGCAGUUGUGAAGGGCAAAUCUCAGAAGCAAUCGGAAGACCGUGUUCUGAAAGGAGGAGAUUCAGCAAGCAUAUUGCCGGUGAGUGAAGCUCAACCUGAGCCUGUAAGGAGAUCAACACGUAGUUCUUCGGCUGUGUUGGAAGAUGAGUCUUCUCUACCUGCUGCUGGGAAGUCGGCGAGAGGAGGUAAGGCAGUCAAGAAAGGCGAAAUGAAGAAGCAAGCAAAUGACCAUGGCUUGGAGGGAGGAGGCUCAGAAAUCUCAUUCCCGGAUGCUGAAGUUGUAGCAGCACUUACAAGGAGAUCAACCCGCAAUUCUUCGUCUUUGUUGGAAAAUAAAACUUCUUUACCAGUUGGCAGACACUCAGUAGAAGAAGAUGAAGCUAUCAGGAAGGGCAAAUCACAGAAGCAAGGUGGGGCUCGUGCUUCUAAAGGAGUCCCAACAGCCGGAUUAUCGGUUAAUGAAACCAUAACUGAAUCUGCAAGGAGAUUGACACGCAGUUCUUCAAGGUCGUCGGGAAAUGAAGCUCUCUUCCCCGCAGUUGGAAAAUUAGCCAGUGUUGACGAAGUGAUUCCAAAUGACACACCUGGGAAAAAACAAGGAGAGAGUGAUCCAAAACCAGAAGAUCCAACAUCAGUUCACAGUGCAAGGAGAUCAACUCGCAGUUCCUCAAAAUUGUCGGAAGAUACGAUUCUUUCACCGAUAGCAAGUGUCCAUGCUUCUAAACGGAGAGAUUGGGCAGUCUCAUCGCCAAAUAGUGAAUUUGCCAUUACUCCAACGAGGAGAUCGACACACAGUUCUUCGAAGUUGUUUGAGGGUGAGAUGCCAAAUAAUGUAGCUGUCCGAACGCCAAUGAGAUCAAAACACAGUCUAUCAAAGUCAUUGGAAUAUGAUACUUUACGAAAAGUCAAAGCAUCAGACAAUGACAAUGAAAUCAAGAAUAACAAAUCAGUGAGGCUAUCUAAUAAUAGUGAGUCAAACCUUGGAGAUUCAACACCUCCAGUGCCUGAGGAGGAGGAAUCUGUGAGUACAUCUGCAAGGAGAUCGACACACAGUUCCUCGAAGUCUUUGGGGGAUGGAAUUUCACUACAAGUUGAAAGUUUGGGCAUAUACAAUGAAGCUGUCAGUGAGGAUAAAUCAGGAAGGAAACCAAAGAAUCAUGCUUCAAAACAGAGAGGUUCAACAGCAUCAGUAUUGUGUAGCCCAGUUGUACCUGAAUCUCUAAGGAGAUCAACACGGAGUUCUUUGAAUCAUGAUUCUUUGAAAGUUGAAACAUCUCUGUCACUGACUUCAAAACUAGACAAUGAUGAUGAUUCUAUCGAGAAAAGCAACCCUCGAGUGGAGUCGGAGACAGUGAAGAGGAAGAAAACUCGGAAGGAUCAAAUAGAGGAUGAUUUGAAAGGACAAGGAUCAGCUGCCACUGGUUUUGGUUUCAAGGCAGCUGCUCAAACAGAAGCUCUUGGAGUAUUUGAACAAUGUGAAGAGGUUUCAAGGAGAUUGUCACGAAGUGCUUCUAAUUUGGACAAAUCACGUGUUUCUGUUUUGUUUACUCCAUCCAGUGAGAUUAUUGAAACAAAACAGAAAAAGAAGAGCAUGAGGAUAACAGCUUCUAAAGAAGAUAUGCUGGUUGUGGAAAGUGAGACUGUCGGAGGAUCUGUCAGUAGAGAUGCUCUGCAAGCAAGCUCCACAAGUUCACUAAGAAAGAGUUCAAUGAAGGUUUCUGCUGAUGAUGACGUAGUGCAGGGGCAUUGCUCCUUAGCUCCAGCUUCAGGUUUGUUGGAAGAUGAACGAAAUGUUCCUGAAGUUGCACAAUCUCCUGUGAAUUCUCAGUUACAGAAAGUUGAAAAUGACGUCUCAUUGGGGCCUAAGGAUCUAGAUGAUGUGUGUUUUGACUCCCAUUUCAAAGAAAAACAAUCUUCUUUUCUGGAGAUGACAAAUGAGGGUGGUGAUGCAUUGUUCUCAGGUUUUAUCAAUGAUUCUUCAAAGCUGCUGGAGAGUGUUUCACGAAAAGUAGCAUCUUCAAAUGUUGAUUUACCUGUGGAGGCUGAAGGUACAGAGGAGUCACAUGGGUAUGACAAAGAUAAGGAUUUGGCUCCUGCUGAGUUUGUUUCUUCCACUAUGGAAGUUAGUAGAAGCAUGGGAACUUCUGUUGGUGCACUUGAUGACGUGGACAACAUAGUAGGUAUGGAAUCGCAAAACACCACGGGUCCAGCAAUACCUCUAAAAAGCUCUGAUAAACCAAAAGCAUUUCAUACCAAAACUUCUGCUGUGUUUCAAUGUAAAGAGCCAAAUGCACAAGUGGAAGUCGAUAUUGACCAUGAAGAUGUCUUAAGAAGCAAAGAAGCAACACAGAUCUCAAGUCCUCAGUUGCCAUUCAAAAGUUCUGAAGAACUAUUAUUGACAUCUGAUGCUGAAACUUCUGCUGAAGUUGAUCAUGAAAUGCCUAAAUUGAAAGCAGAAAUUCAUGAUUCUACUGGGGAAGACUUGGAAGGUAAUGAAACAACAGAUAUUGGUGAAACAACUAUUGUUGACAAAAGCUCUGAAGGACUUUCACCUAUAUCUGAUGCUGCUCUGUAUGCUGAAGAACCUGAUUCGAAAGUUGAUGUUCCCAGUGAGGAUGUCAUGGUAGGCGGUGAAGCAACCAAGAUGAUUGAUCGGAUAAUAACUAACACUGAAAAUAGUCCGAGAGCACUUUGUGAUCUUAACAUUGAAGGGCCUGAUUCAGAAGUGGAAGAUCAUGUUAUGGCCAAGGGUGGCAUGGUGAACUCCGAAGACAUGAACACUGCUGGUUCACCUUUUUCUUGCAAGUCAACUGGAGUACUAUCACCAAGCUUAUUGCCAACCUUAUUCAAUGAAGUAUGUCCCAGCAUUAAUGUUGGGGAACCUUGUCUGAAAGUGGAUAGUUGUGAUAUGAGCAAAGUGACUUCCCAUUCUAAUGCUCUUAUUGGUGAAGCAAGUGACUUGCACAGUGAAACUUUGGAGGUUGUUGGGAAGAUUAAAGCUCUUGGAGAGGAUACUGAUUCUUAUUCAUGCAAAGCAAGUCUAGAAGUAAUUAAGGAAACCUGGGUAUCGUCCACUUCAACAGAUACAGUAAAUGAUGAUGGUGGCCAAAAUGAUCGUGACAACAAUGAAGAUGAGCUGAAACCAUCUUUACCAAGUGAAAGUCCUGCAUUGGAUCUGUGCUCAGGUCAGCAUCUGAGGGGAGACAGAAGUAUGUCAUCACCGGAAGAGGUUGAGAAUGGCUCAACAACUCUUCGGUCCCAUGAUAAGGAGGAUUUAAGACAUCUUACGGACCAGCAGGGAGUUGGAGUAGAUACAACAGAACAUGUUCAUGUAGAUGCUGUUGACAGGAGUCUGAAAUCAACUGCUAAAGUACAUGACGAUGCAAAACCACUAGAUGUGGUUGCUGAUGUUCUAGCAGAAGUGGCUGAUACUACAAAGAAACUUACUGCUGUCAAUAUCGAAAGAAGCCUUGAACUAGGUGCAGUAGUUGAAGAAGAAAUGGAGACAAUUGAGUCCUUGGAAAGUGAGGCCAAUAUUGAAGAAGCCGGGAAUAAUGCUAUCGAGAAUAUAGAUGGCAUUGGACAAGGUAAAUCUGAUCAUUUUGAUGAAGGUGGUCAGGAGUUCCAUGCUCACGACAUUGGUUCUCACCUAUCAGUAGAAAAAUCUGCCUCCAUUGCAGGAGGGGAGAACGUCUUGUCACUUGAGAAUUUUGAAACAACAUAUGCUGAAAAUGCGGUUCCAGUUUUGUCAAAGAUGGAUGUUGUAUUCUCUGGUAAACCACAAUUAGAAGAAGAUAAUAUGGAAAAAGCUUCUGCAGAAAAGGAGAAUCCGAGUAGUGAAGAACUUCCCUCUUCUGUUAGUUUCAUUUGA